GCACAAGAUCGCAAACCUUUACUAUAUUUACCUCACGCCCCGUUGACUCUAAAAGCUGCGGGGACGCUUAGCAACCUCCUCUUAUCAUGCUAAUUAGCAUGGAACAAAAUAAAACCAAUGCGUGUGCUGUGUAGUUUGUGUAUACGCGAACAUCGAUUGCUUUUGAAGAACCUAAAAAUACAUUGGACAAUAAGCAGCAUGAUAUAUUAUAUUUCAUUUAAAAGUGACAUCCAUCGCUAGCUGUUCAUGCGAAAGAUAAUGUUGCAUUGAUUUUAGAUGACAUGUGGAGAUAUGGGAUAUUUCUAUUUUAUUCAGAUGAUAAACGAACGGAAUCGUGGUCCAAUGUAGAAAGGAAUCUCGGGAGAUACCAGAUGGUUCACUUUGAAGAAGUUCUACAUGUACACUAUUAUACAUCAUGGUGUUCGGCAAAAUCGUCAACACUCUUCUUGACCCUGUAGUCCUAUAGCUGAUUUGAGGGAUGGAACAAUCAUGAUGGGGAAUCCUGCAAAAACCGUUAUAAAUUAUCAUGAAAUGGAUAUCAACUCAACUGAACCAUGUCAAGACUAUGUAUGUGACACGAGCAGUUCUACUAGGGCGAUGCCAGUCGGAGAUAAUACCGAAAGCGAAAGGAACAACAGUCAACAUCGUAAAAAGAAAAGACAUCGUCAUCGAAGUCGAAGCAAUCCUGAAGGUGAACCUAACUCUGAACAUGGAGCGACCAGCGGAGGACAUGAUGGAUCCGGAGAAGACAGCUCUGAAAGUAAUGAAAACAUCGUGGUAUCCUCCUCCAUUAGAAAGAAACGAUCGAAGGCCCGUCAUCACAAACAUUCACCCAAAGACACUGUUUCGGGAGAUGAUUCGGGACUUAGCCUGGGCAAUUCCUUAAACGAUUCGACAGUCGUUGGGGAAGUUUCCCAGGUAACUCCAACUGAAGAGACCAUUCAGCAUGCAUCUGGAAUUGACACUAAACAUGCAGAAUGUCCCAGUGAAGGUAGAACUGAAUAUAAUGAUAAUGUUCCCAUAGAAGAUAGUCAGAGUGACUCAGUGAAACAUGCUGUUCAUACUGAAGAAAAGAAGGAUAUCACAUCCACAAGCUCAAAUAACCAUCCGGUUACAACCGAUUUGGAUGUGUCAAAGACCAAAGAAAGUAAUGCCGUCCAGGGACAAUUUGCGAACAUCAAGAAGCAGCAGGAUACAAGUGACAGCAAGAAGACAGAUCGCAUGAAUCGGCAACUGGAGAGGCAAAAAUCACAGUACAGAAUUGAAAAAGAGAUGCUAAAGAAAAGAUUAGAUGAAACCAGGACUAAAUUCCAAGAAGAGAUAAGUAAAUACGAGCAAGAUCUGAGUGAGCACCGGAAGGAUUACUUGGAAGAAUUGAGUUCCCUAAAGCUACAGGAGCAGUAUGAGAGUCUCAGUACCCGCAUCAGUGAUCUUGGACAGCUCGAAGACGACCUCGACAGGCGAUUCAAAGACUGCAUCGAACAACAAACAGACAUCGAGGAAAUGGAGAGAUUUCUCAACAUGCGAGAAGAGCUAUGUAAAAGCAAAGAGAGAGACAUUACGAAGUUAGAUGAUGAACUUGAUGCAUGGCAGAAUGAAUUGGAAAUAAAACGGCAGCAAUUGGAGACUGCGGACACCUCAAAACGGAAAGCUGAUACUUCACUGAAUGCAAGUUACUCAAAAGCUACCACGGAUCAAGAGGACUAUAUUUUGAAAAAGAAUUUACUGAAAUGUCAGGCAGACCUAGCACGGACCGAAGAUGAAAAUGCCAACCUACAUAAGCAACUGGAUUCAUUGAAGAUACAGCUUGACUCGGCUAAGGUCCAAACACAAAACCACGAAAAGAAAAUAAAGCAACUCGAAAACCAAUUAGUGAUUGCCCUCAGUCAACUAGGUAGUCCAAAACAGAACCAUCUCAACCAGCAUUCUCUACCCCCUAUCAACGGACACCGUCCCAGUGUUGCCUCGUCAUCAGCUGAGAGCCGCAUAGAAGAACUUCAGAGGGACCGGGCGUCACGACGCCAGUUAGGCAAAGAUCACCUCAGUAUUAACCAAGAGGCGGCAUUGAGAAGGAAAAUGUUAGGAAAGGACAGUGGGGUUUCAACGCGAAGUCCUUCGACCAGUAGAAUAUCAGCAAAAACUGUUAGCAGUGUGCAAGAGCAAGGGUUGACCGAGGAAUACGGCAGGAGAAGUCAUGCGUCAAGAAGCGCAGUAGAUUCUCAGUCGGGAGAGGACGGUUGCCAACCGUCGACAUCAGGUGCUUCAGGUGAAGGGACUAAUAGGCGAAAGUCUCCAUCGUUGGGUUCAUCGAACAGUGAGAAAAGUUCUGUGUGUGCUCUCAUGUGAUGAGGAAUUACUACUUUAUCCUGGAUUUCUUGGAUGGGUAAAACUACCCAUGUAAAGAAAAAUUGAGAGAGAGCGAGAGCGAGCGUGCAAAGCGGUUGUAUUAGUAGAAGAUGAGUGUGCAUGUGUUUAAGGGGAUAUGAAUAUAAAGAAUCUUUUCUUGUGCGCCAAAAGAGUACAGGGGUACAAUGCCACGUCACACCCAUCCAUCCACUCAUCACCCAUUGCCAACUGGUUUUAAAGCUCAAUUGUGAUAGUUGCGUACAGCGUAAGCUCAUAUUCUCCAAUUCACACAAGGGUAAAUUCCAAAUACUCUGACUGCACUUGUCAGGAGUUUCAAAUGUUAAGCCCAUUCAGACCGUUUUUAUGUAGCUGGAUGUUGCUCAUUCUCAAAACUUUCCCAUUUCAAAAACAUAAAAGAUGAUAACUGAUUAUGGGACCUCACUUAAUUAUUUUUUAUUUGGAACAGUGAUUUAGAAUAUCAAUUGACGUAAUAAAAGGUUCAAAUUAAUUUCAUUGUUUGAUUCCAAAGAACACUAAUUCCCGAUGUCGUAUUAAUAAUGAUGUCACAAUUUUUGUUGUUGUUGAUGUAUUGCACGGCCUUGGGGCAUCGAUUCAGUACAAAAAAUAGUAAAUGUCGCUAUAUACAAUAGUCGUGACGUAUAUUUAUCACCAUCAUGACAAAUUGCACGAAGAUUUGAAAGGCAAUUAUGGCCAAUAAGAAACCUUCUAUGUGACCUAAACGCAGUAUUGAGUGUGUGACUUCAUAAUUAUGACUUAUUAUUUCCCGUAAAUAUUAACCUGCUAUCAUUUUUGUUAAACCAUGCAAACUAUCAUAUGCCAAAUAAUUAUAAAUUUUUAUAUUAAAGUUACCUCCGCUUUCGAUAUAAUAAUCAGUGUUGUGUUUGUAAGAUACUGCUUCCAUUUUUCUCAAAUGAACUUAAUUUUGAGAUGGGCUCUAAGACAAGAAAAACGUCACGCACGUUUGAAUGAAGCGUAAAGAAUAGGGUUGUGCUCACUGGCACGCGGCUGCACGCCUGUGGUGAGGGCACACCCCACCCCAACCGGUAUUUUGAAAUAAAUAUCAUUCAUCCUGGUUAUUGAUGAUACUCAUAAAAAUAAUAAUUAAAGUCGCCAUGAACAUCGAUGAUGUAAUUGAUGAAGCUGAUAAUAAUGAUAAUAUUAUGGUAAUGAAAAUAAUUACAAAAGUAAUGAAGAAACUACACACUUUAACAAAUUUCCAAAUGAGUUCAGCGAAAAAGUCUAGAUACACGCCCUUGCAUUCUAAUGGGUGAAGCGGAUAAUUUUGCGCCACUCAUUUUGUUUCAAAAUGUCAAACUCUUCAAGUAUUUAUCUCAUGACCAUGCUUUACUUUUCGGAAUUUCUGAGUGGUUUAUAGCAAUUUCUGCAUAUUGAGCGACUGAAGUGAUUGCAAUAAUUUUAUCGAUAUAGUAAGAAUCUAACUGGCAAUUUGUACACCAAAAUAGGGCAUUUACAGCAUAUCAAAAUUCCACUACCUUUUGUAGAAUAUAGCCUUCAUUAUUGGCUUAAAAAAUAUGCGACGAUGACAGCAUUGGUCAGCAACCUGAUCAUUUCCACAAUUGCAAUAAAGGCACCGCGAUUACUGCUUCACUGGCGUAGAUACAAGCCCCGAACGAACCUGUUCGGGAAGAAAGGGGGGGGGGGGGUGAUCUAUGUGUGACUCACUAUUAAAUGUAGAGUGCAGUGGAUCCACGGUCACCCCCCCUUGAAAAACAUGACGUCAUGUAUCUCUGUCCGUAACUGCUAUUGACAUAACUUGUUUGCAAUGUCUUCCUUUUGACUCUCUGAUAUUCCUUGAACUUUGGAUAGGAAUUGCUAUAGCUGUCAAUGAAUGUCUUGUGUGAAAGUGCCUUCAUGAAAUGUUCACAAUACGGAAAUAAAUCAAGCAUACAGUAUCAAAUGGAGCAUCCUAUAAUAUUUCGUGUUACAUUCGCAAUAUAGUUUAUUAUUACCAUACUCGAUGAAAUUCAUGAAUAUGAAAGCAAUCAAUUGAAUGUUUAAUGAUGUUACCUGUAAUACAUUUUAUGUGUUAAAACUGUCGCAAAAUAUUAACCAAAAAUUCUUCAUAUUUUGCCCAUACUGCAUUUGAAUUUGUAUCAUAAUACAUCAUAUCGGAAAUGACUCCACUUAUAUUGUUUGGAUGCCAUUCAUUUGUAUUAUCUCACAUGAUAUGUAUUCUUAGAUUUUAAUGAUUCUUGGAUUAAAUGCUUCGACGGACAACGGUCGGUAUUCUUGGGGAAGCAUUAACCAAGUAGAGUCCGCCACGCUUUAAUGAAGUAUCUGUUCCGAACACAUUAAUGCUGUUAAUUUUUUCUGCAAGGAAAAUAAUAGUACAAUUCAAUAAUAUUAGAAAAAAAAAUGAUUAUACA